AUGGCAAUGGCACAAAAAAGGCCUAGAAUUAAUUGGAAACAAAUAGAAGGUGUGGAAAAAACAUUCCUUGAAGCUUGUAUUCAUGAAAUUACAACUUACGGACGUGAAGGGAGUAGUUUAAAAGCAAGCUCAUGGAAGAAUGUAGCUGAAAGAUUGAAAACAGAAUACAAUUUUGUAGUUGAUCAAAAGCAAAUGAAAAACAGAUACGACUACCUAAAAGCAAAGUUUGGUGCUUGGUUGAAAUUAAAAAACAAAACAGGCAACGUUUAUAACCCUAUAACUAACACGUUUAACAUGGAAGAAGACGAAUGGCAACUAGAGAUCAAGUUGAACAAAAUGGUAGAAACAUUGAGAACUUCUCCACUAGUGUACCCUGAUCUUUGUGUUCAGUUGUUCGAUGGGUCGGCUGCAACUGGCAUUCAUGGAUGGGGGCCAUCUUCUACACUUCCUCACCCUUCUCAUGACUCGCCGGACAUUAAUUUAAGUGACUUUGAUGGUAUCAAUGUAACUCACAUGGAAAGUAUGACUUCACCCGAAAGUCCAAAUGAAGGAACCUCUAGUGUUUCCAAAAACAAAGGCGGUAAAGGAAAGGAAAAGCAACAAUUAAUGCCAAGAUCAUUGAAGUUGGUGAUGAAAUUAGCAAAGUUGCAAGGAUGUUAG